AUGGCAUAUACUUAUGUCACUGCAUCUGAUGGCUGCUGCCUUGCUGAACAGGUGCAGUACUGUGAUAUUUUGCCAGAACAAAUCAAUCAUCAGCUGCACGACACUGAUUUUAAAGAAUCACCUUAUUGCCAGUAUUCUACAGUCCAGUUUCCUGCAGCUCUACAGUCGCCAUCUUUACAAAGUCAUUUCAACACUUAUACCUUGGAUUGGCAGUUCAGGGGUGGAGAGUGUCGACUUGCUUCCUGUGAAUUAAAUAAAUCCACUAAUGUGGUUGCCCACGAUGUGGACAAUAGAUACCCUGGGAUAAAAAGGUCCAGACUAACUAAUUCUUCUAUGAGAAUUAAGGGACAGGAAGAAUUCUGUGUAGUUUGUGUUGAUAAAGCAUCAGGAUAUCAUUAUAAUAAUGCCCUUACCUGUGAAGGUUGCAAAGGGUUUUUUCGACAUAGCAUCACCAAAAACACAGUUUAUAGUUGCAAGAAUGGUGGUCAUUGUGAAAUGGACACGUACAUGCAUAGAAAAUGUCAAGCAUGCAGACUGAAAAAGUGUAAGGCAGUAGGCAUGUUGGCAGAAUGUUUGCUCACAGAAAUCCAAUGCAAAUCAAAGAGACUUCGAAAGAACUUUAAGCAGAAUAGUUUUCAGUCUAACAUCAAAGUGGAAGAGGAAGGAGUAGAUAACAAGCGUGUAUCGUCCACCACUAGAUCUGGAAAAGUGAUUCUGGAGAGCAUGGAACUAACUCAAGAGGAACAUCAGCUCAUUAAUAACACUGUGGCUGCUCAUCAAAAAUAUAAAAUUCAAUUACAGGAAACAAAGACAUUUCUGCAGGAAUAUGCAAAUCCUGAACUGAGCUUUUUGUGACUCUCAGAGACAAUAGUUCUACACAUACAGGGGUUAAUGGAUUUUACCAAGGGACUCCCAGGAUUUGAAAAUUUGACCAAUAAGGAUCAGACUGCAUUAUGGAAAGGAUCAAGAACUGAAGUGAUGUUCCUUCAUGGGGCCCAACUUUACAAUCAGAAAGAAUGUCUUUCAUCAUCUUCUGAAAAUAUUUCUGAAGAAUUUAUUAGCAUACUGUUUUACUUCUACAGAAGAAUGAGUGAGCUUAAUAUUACUGACAUGGAAUAUGCUGUGCUUGCAGCAACAACUGUGUUUUUUUCAGGUAAAAACCAUUCAGCAAAGCUUAAAGAACGUCAACACCAAGGAGUAACCAAGCGAAGGAAUUGUUACCAGCCUAAAGCGAAAUCUCGCGAGAGGAGACUUAGGUCUCGCGAGCCUGUCACGUGGACGCGGGUGACUGUUAUUUAG